UGGCAUGAGGGUGAGUAAUAAAUGACAUUAUUUUCAUUUUUGGGUGAACUAACACUUUAAAAUGAUUUUUUGGAGCAGAUAGUGAGGGUAAAGCAGCCAACAAGUCAACAUACAACAUAACUCUUUCAAUGCUGUUUAAAUGUUUUAUGAUUUAAUCCCAGCUAAUGUGCAUAUCUAGACAUAGGACAGCAAAUUUAAUAUUCUUGACAAUCAAUAUAUAAUAUAAAAUGUGUCAUUUAAUACACACAAACACACAUUCUAUAGCAUGAAUGAGUAGUGCUGAAUAUCUAUAAGAUUUAAUCUAAAAACUAAUCAAUACCAGUGUUGUAAACACAUUAGAUUAUUAAAGGCCCAUUAAGACCACAUAUCGAUCAAAACAGACAUUUAUGAUGCUGAACCAGGGCUCCUGCACCAGUAAAGGGAGAUCAGGGUGGUGUGGGUUAACAGCAUCAUAGCCAUAUAAUCACCAACCCCCCUCCCCCCCACAUAUUGUCAGAGACGCAGUACAGACGGCCACUGCAGCAGCAAGAGAGUGUAAGAAAUGCCGCAAAUAAACAUCAAAAUACUGCGGAGAGCGAGCGGAAAAUCUGCAGACGAAGAUAAGCGUGCCAUGCGUUCAUCCAAAGACGAUUUAUGGUGAAAUGAGGGUGUGAAUAGGCGCUUGUGGGUUGAUGACCAGCCAUAAAGCACAGGCGGGAGAGAUGUGGAAGGACGUUUUCAAGAGAGGAGAAACAAAGGGAGGAGUAAAAGAGAGAGAGUGAAAUGGUGGUAGAUAAAGACGAGGCCAUGAGCUCUGCGCCGCCUUACGACUCGCUGCCAGCUCGGCCAAGUCCCUGCCGUGCAAAGGAGUGGGAGCGAGAGUUGCACGCUACUCAAAGACUAUCUUCCCCUCUACGACCGGCGCUAUCCUCUGUUUCCCGUCGUACUUCGGCACUCCCUGGCUAUCUGCUCUCACCCUCCCGAGAUUACGCUGACCAGCAGCAACGUCUUUCAUUAUCGCUGUGCUCAGAGGCCUCGCUGGCGCCCCCUGUGCCUGCAGUUGGUGCUGCCCCACCGUGCUGCCGGGCGGUGGGAGUCAUGCCCUUGCUGCGCCUUGCACUCCUGAUUUUCAGCUUCCUUUUUUGGGCAGCAGGCCUUGCGAUCUUUACUCUGGGCAUAUGGGCGCAGGCUUCGCUAUCCGACUACAUGCUACUAUCGGCGAACCACUACCCUAACGCGCCCAUCAUCUUGUUAGGCACAGGUGCUGCUGUCACCGCCUGGGGCUUUUUAGGAUGCUUGGGAGUGGCUGCCAACCUUCCUUACCUUCUGCGGGCGUAUGGCUUCUUCCAGUUGGUCACACUCAUAGGUGGACUAGCGGCGGGUCUCUCUGGGCUCUUCUACAGGGAGGAUAUUGCUGAAGGUUUCCGUAGCGGACUUCAGAAAGCUGUAUUGGAUUACGGAGAAGACGAGGGCCGUGCAGACGCGCUGGACAGCCUUCAGAGGGCGCUGGAGUGCUGUGGCGCUGAGGGUUGGCGUGAUUGGCUAAUGUCCGACUGGGCUAUCCAAGAUGCUGUGUACUCAACAGGAAGUUUGGGGAAUGAUUCCUCCACUGUGUCUUUACCAGACAGUUGCUGCAUAAAACGCAAAGGCUGCCGCAACAGACCGUUGCCAGAGAAUGGAGGCAUGAACACCGAGCUAGCAGGGAUUCAUGCUCCCGGUUGUUUCCGCAAAGUCUUCAGCUUGGUAAAUGACAAUGUCUUUCACAUUGCAGCAACAGUCCUGGGCCUUGCUUUCAUCCAGGUGGCAGGUAUAGCCCUCGCAUGUCUGCUUGCCAAUCGUCUUUCGCCCAGACCGCGAAGACAAGCCUGUUGAAAUAAAAAGCAUUGUGAAUUUCCUUUGCCUGGGCUUUUGUAUAACUUGCUGUAGUGUCUUGAGUUUAGAUCAGUUUUUAAGGAAGAAACCAGUCAACAUUUUAUGGACAAAUGCAAAAAAUAUAUGUCCAAAAUACUGCAAAUGUUUAGGUAGAGCAUAAUUUUAAUAUUUGUACAUUCUUUGAUUGUUGCAUGACUCUGAAUGACUUGUGUUUUUGUCCAGUAGUUAUCCAAAGUAAAACAAAAAAGUCAAGAGUUCUAUAAUAUGUAUAGAUCGGUGAAUGGUAUCUCUUUGAUAUGUUUGAAGACAUUGUUUUAUUCGAUUACUGACUGAAAUAUUAUGUUAUGUGUAAAAAAGUUAGAAAUAGCUUAUAUGCCUUGUUUAAUAUCUAUUCUGUAAAUUGUUUUUCUAUUAAUGGCCCAUUAGAAAUGUUACACUGAUUGUAGAGUCCAUGGUGUUUAAAGGGUUAAUUCACCCAAAAAAUUAAAUUUCUGUCAUUAAUUACUCACCUUCAUGUCAUUAUUUACAUUGCAGCGCUUCCAAGUUCUACAUCCAAACACCCGCUCAGUAUUGGCCAGCUCCUGCAUCAGCAUCGGCCAAUACUGAGCCGGCAUUCGAACGUAGAACCUGGAAGUGCUGCAACAUAAAUAGUGUAGCAGAAUGACAGGGGAGAGACGAAUUUGUUGAAUAAAGUCAUUAUUUUUGUUUUAUUUUUGCGCACAAAAAGUAUUCUCAACAUUAAGGUUGAACCACUGUAGACAGUUUUAACGAUGUUUUUACUACUUUUCUGGACCUUGAAUGUGAUAGUUCCAUUGCUUUCAAUGGAAGAUAAAAAAAACUCUCGGAUUUCAUCAAAAUAUCUUAAUUUGUGUUCUGAAGAUGAACGAAGGUUUUAUGGGUGUUGAACGACAUGAGGGUGAGUAAUUAAUGAGAGAAAUUUCUUUUUUGGGUGAACUAACCCUUUAAUUCCUUAUAAGGUUUCUAAACUCUUGUUUUUGAAUGCUUCACUGGCAGGUAAUUGUACAUUGAUUAUAUAAAUAUUGUCACUUAAAAGAAAAAAAGACAAAAAUAUGACUACUUUCUAAAAAAUGAAUGUAUAAUAACAAUAUAUAAUUCAUAAUUGUGAACUGUUGCUUGCAACCCAUUUAAUUUAAUAUUCUGAAUUAUCUGAAAUGAGAAAUAUGCAUGGCGGAAUGUGUUUUUUAUUUAUUGGAACUGAUUGGAUCCUGAAAAAUGUGCAUUACGUAAAAGAAUGGAGCUAGAUUGAAUGUAAUUUUAAAAAGCACCCAAUUUUAAAAAGAAAAUGAAAAUAAUAUGAGAAAAUAAAAAUAACAUAUUUCAACUCCUUGAAUGUGCCUGUCAUAU